AUGGGGAACACGAUUGGUGUGAUGGCACCUGAGCGGAUGGACUGCAGGAAGUACAACGUGGAAGGAAAAUACAAACAAAAUGAGGAAACUGGUAUGGAGGACUGGAAUCGGAGUCAUGCGACGGAAGAGGUUGUCGACACUGACCGCGUCUUAUCGUCACUGUCGUCGUCGAGGCUGACAAACAGUCUCGCUGACGAAAUUAGUGCGUCCUUGUGUCAGGAUUGUGCAGUGAAGCAACAGCAAAAACGCGGAAAUUGCGGCGUUUUCGAUCGUUCGUUGUCGGAUUCUGUGUUGAGUCUUGUUGGACAGGAGAGAGGAGGAGAAGAAAUGAGUGUCGAUGACGACGCCGACGUGCGAGACUUGGGUGGUGUCGAUUGGCGAGACGGCGGGAAAAAGGCGGCAAACAGGGGUGACCGGAAGAUGCGAGUUCUGGGUUACCAGGAUUUCUCGACUAUGGGAUUCUUAUACAAAUCCAAUCUGAGCAGGGUAAUACAGUUCUCGUAA